AUGCUCCUCGACGCCAGUCGUCGGCGCGUCCGCCUGGCGCCACAUGCGAGUCGAUUCAUGUCGCUUUUCGACAAGAUGUUCUCGUAUGGAAGCGACAGUGCUGCAAAGAAGACGUCUGCAGGUAGCAGCGGGUACCAGCUCGCGUUGCUGGGCUAUGUUGCUGGCACGAUGUUGCCCAAGGACUCGAUGCAACGCAUCAUGAACAACGAUCCAGGGUACCUCAUGGGGCAUGUACUCGUGGGUGCCAGCGAGUGCUUGUACCCUCGCUUUCAUAACGAGAGCAAAGACGCCGUACGUCGUGCAGAAGCGGCGAAGGCGUUGAUAGCGUCAGGAGCUGCACCGUCCAAGACGGAAACACUGCAUGUGCAUGCACUUGAUGCUUUGGUUGGAGGGCGCUACCGCGAAGCAUCCGCCGCGUAUGAGAUGAUCCUCCGACACGACGCCAAGGACCUGCUUGCGAUCAAAUGCGCCGUCGACAUCUACGAGCUUCUUGGAGAUGCUCGAAAUAUGCAGGACACCAUCUCGCGCGUGUUACCGUACUGGCAGGCCAGCCACCAAGGGUACAGCCACCUCUUGUCGAUGCAAGCGUUUGCCCUUCAAGAGCGCGGCGAUUUCGGCGCCGCGGAAGCAUUAGCCCAUCGAUCCAUGUCGAUGAAUGAUGAAGAUGGCAGUGCAUUCCACGCACUGCUCCAUGUGCUUGAGUGCCAAGGCAAGCACCAGGACGGCGCCAGUCUCGCCUUGCGCCAUCAAGAUGCGUGGAGCGACUUUGUUGUGCUAAAAUCGCACCUGACCAUCCACUGGAUGCGAUUCCUCAUCGAAACAGGCCGGUUUGACCGCGUUGUGGCGUUGCUGAGAAAUGACGUGUUCGUUUCGGACGAGCUGCUGUCGUCGAAAGUGCUCGUCGACAUCACCCAAGUGUACUGGCGCCUUCGGUUCGCGGGGUUUGACGUGCCGUUUGUCCUGGAAGAGCUCGAUCGCCAAUGGAGCGCUGUUGUCAAGGACACAGACACGGUGCCUCUGAGUCCUCUCGCCACCGUGCAUGCCCAUAGCGUGUUUUCGUUGGUGCGACCAAGUACUGGCGCUCCUCGAAUCACCGAGGCAUGGUUUGCAUGUGACGUCGAGUCGUUGCAUGCAACGUGGGGAACGUCUUCCGCAGUCGAAGGGACUUCCAUCGACAGAAUCGUCCAAUUCAGCCAUCGAUUGCCAGGCAAUGGCGAAGUUCAUGUCGUGACAACUCUGCUGGACGCCUUCUCGGCGUAUGGAAAGGGACAGUACAACGAAGCUGUCAACAAGUUGCUCGCCGUCCGAGGUCACCUGCAUGUCGUUGGCGGUACCCGCGUUGAAGCUGAACUGUUUGAGUGUCUACUCUUCGACUCUGCUCGUGCAUCGUCACAACUUGACUUGGCCAAACUCAUUCUCCACGAACGGCUGAAUGUAAAGCCCCAAAGCGCUCAGUACUGGAAGUCGUACGGAGACAUCACGGAAGACCUCAAGGAAGACGAUGUUGUCGACGGAGCGAGGCGCAUGAGCUACGUUCUCGGUAGGCGCACGUGCCGCCGCUUCGCGAUGCUGACAAGUGCGCAGGCCUGGGCCAAGCAGGGACGAACGCUGCGUAGAAAGGAUCGAAUUUUGUUUUUUUUCACAUGCAUUUCACGAAAAUAG